CCGCAGCAGCACCGUCUCAUUCAUCCAUCCUCUUACUCACUCGUUCUUGCGCCUUAUACAUCUAAAGUAAAGGACGAAAGCGACAUUGGUGCCCCGACCACUUCGAGUGCACCACCCCGCGGUUUAACUAGCGACCAACACCGCAACUAGCGACCUCAGCGACAAACGAGCACCGACUACUAACAGCCAGACUCCGCCGCCCCCGUUCCCACCCCCGCUCCAACACUUUGCCGUCGGCGACUGCGCGCCCUCUGCAAGCACUACUACCCCCUUACCACCAGCACAGUACGGCACGAUGGCUGCGAUCGCUUUGAGCCAGUGGUACUCGAACUCGAGCACCGGCGGGCCCGUCGCGCGCCAGCGCACCCGCUCAACAUCCAUGCUCGUCCCCGCCGGCCGCAUGUCAGUCUACUACCCCGCCGUGCAGCAGACUGUUGUCGUCGACGCCGGACUCCCAGCCGGAGGCACUACCGAGGCCAAGGACGACACCAAGACGCGCCGCAGAGAGACCAUCUUCGGGCCUGAUGUCGGCGACGACGACCAGCCCGGCUGGACCACGCCAGAGGAGGGCAACAAGGUGUCGGUUGACGUUGUCAAGCGUUGGGUCGACCGCGCAAAGAGUGAAGAGGGCCUCCAUGCCACUACCACGCUGCAAGCACUCGUCAACCUCAAGCGCCCGACGCUUCUGCUUCAGCAACUUCCCGUCCCGCAGACUAGAGAUGAGUCGGCCGACGUGACGCCCACCGGGCCUACCCCGCCGCUCCACCUCCUCAAGUUCAACUAUGACGCCAUGACCCCCAAGGUGUCCAUCACGUUGUCGGUGCACCAGCCGCUCCCUGCUGCUGCAACAUCGUCGUCUGAGCACGUCGCGCCCGAGCCCCCUCGCGUCAUCUACUCGGGCCUCCACCCGGGGGGUUUCAACCAGACUUUCCAGCUGCCGCCGACCGCUGCGCUUGACCUCACGUCAGCCAUCGCCCCAACGCCGCCUGCCGCACCCGCCGAUGACAACGACGACGACAAGUCGAUCAAGCCGACCGGUGAUGGCGAAGGUAACACGGCGCCUGGACGCGACAGCCACAGCGAGGAGACGAGCCGUUCCUCGGUCGACCGUAACCACCAGCACUCGUCGACCACGCCCGACCUUGCCGUCAUCCCCGAGCUCCCCAGCACUUCGGCCGAGGCCGCGGCCGCUGCAGAGCGUGAGGAGCGCCCACCUCGCCGAUUCGGCAUCUUCCCCCGCCGCUCCCGUCCAGCCGAUGUCGAAAGCGGCGACAUUGAGCUUGCCAACGCGCAGGCCAGCGCACCCGCCACCCCGGGCGAGGACAUUCAGGAGAAGCCCGAGGAGCCAAAGGUCGAAGAGCCAGAAUACGGCAUGCGUCUUCUGAUCCGCAUCGAGGCUGCCGGUCCCGAGGGCCAGACUCUGCGCCGCCGCAACGCGCAGCUCACGCACAUCCUGAUCAGCGGAAUGUGGGUGCCAGACGCCGGCUCCACGCCACAGGAGGGCCCCGGAAAGCGCGUCUGGGUGAUCAAGGUUGUCCGUCGCGAAGCAUUGAUUGGCUCCCACUCGUUCCUGCUCAAGGAGAUUUACGGCCUGUCGUCGAGCUCGACCUCGUCAGAGCCCGCGUCAUACCCUCCCACCGCCGCCGACCCGUACGCGUCCACACCAAACGAGUGCAUCGUGUGUCUCACGAGCCCUCGUGACGUUGUCCUCCUCCCCUGCAGGCAUCUUGUCGUGUGCCGCGACUGCGCCGUCGGCAUGGUAGAGUUUGGUGCAGGUGGCAGAGUGGCGAGGCGCGAGGAGCCAGCCGCCGACGCUGCGACAACCGGGCAAGGGGCUGCCGCCGAGACGACGGUGAUUGAGGGAGGUGCGGCUGCCGCUCCUGCCCCAGCACCGGCACCAGCACCGCGCCGCAAGAAGAAGGCCAAGGGAUGGUACUGCCCCGUGUGUCGUCAGCCGUACACCUCGCUGCUCCGCCUCGCGCUCCCUGCGUCCAAGGCGCCCGCGACGCCAGACGAGGACGCCACCAAGCCGCCGACCCGCGCGCCCAGUAUCCGCUCGGUGCGCACUACACGCUCGACAAGAAGUGUCGCACCGACGCUGCCUCCUGGCGCUGAGGAGAUGCUCGCGCGCCUUCCCCCAGGCUCGGAGCACGCACACGCACACGACCACGACCACGACGACGAGGACGAUGAGGAGGAGGAGGAGGUGCCCGAGGCGGAGAGGCCGCAGUUUGUCGAGCAGCCACCAAAGAGCGAUAUUGAUGCUGCUGAGCGUGGUGAGGCGCCACAUGUCGACGCUGCUGUGCCCGUGGCCGAGGUCCCUGUCGCGGCCCCCGUCGACGCCCCUGCCGCGGAGGCCGCUGUCGCCGCCACCCCCGCCACUGCGCCACUUCCCGAGACCCACGUCGCCGAUGUCGCCCACACUGCCGUCGGCGCUGCCGACGCCGACGCCACCCCGGCACCAAAGCAGGCGUGAGAAGCCAGCUCGCCAGCCAUCCAUACCAUCCCGCAUCAUUUGUACCUAUUGUUAAAGCUGCGUAAUCUUAUCCUCGUGUCCCGUCGGUUGUUAGUCUGUUCUCGUAUUGUGAUGUAACC